AUGCACCACGCGGCACCUAAUGGUUCUGCCACGUACGUUGACGACAUGGAAGACCAAUUCGAAGACGCCGUCGAGUCCCAUACCCACUCCUCCCCCUCCCAGCGCCGCUCCACCGGCGAGGACAGCCUGGAAGGCGCCAGCUCACCCUUCGUCGCCAGCGUCGACGGCCAGAGCCAGUCCUCCAACCAGGAGAACGUCUCGCCCUCCAAGGACAAGCGCCGCUCCAGGAUCAUGUCCGGCUCCGAGAUCUCGCCCCUCAAGAUGCUGCAGCGCUCCAGCACAGACGGCCCAAUACCAGAGGCAGACGAGAAGCUCGCCCCGCCGGCGCCAAAGAGCCCGCGAAAGUCCGUCUCUCCCAUGCGCCGCUUCCCCGUCAAGAUCAACAACUCCUCCAUCGACUCCACUCCGAGAUCCCGACCGCAGUCCAUGCAUGCUGCACCACGGGAGCGCCAGAUGAGCCAUUCCGAAGACCCAUCGCCGCCCACCCCGCCUGCUGUCACAUCAUCAACCACAACCACAAAUGGAACGACUCAAGAGAGGGAGAUGUCCCUCGAGGAGGCUAUUGCACAGAACCCAGGCGUAAAACACGCGAUCGAGAUAUUUGAGGAUUCUAUCAGUAGCAUAGAUGAGGACGACGACGACAGUGGUCUCGACGGGGAAGGCGGCACCGUCAAGGGCCCUAUGGAUGUUCAAACGCCCCCGAGCGACAGCCAGGACGAGACUGCAGGCGACGAGACCAUGAUGAGCACCUUUAGCAACUUCUCUGCCAUUCCCAACAUGACCACCUUUGCCCGCCUGGGCGGCCGCACGCCAACUCAGAUAGCACGAGAAGACCCACGUCGCGAGUCCAACUCCACUAACCUGCUUGACUUUACCGACAACCUACGCUUCCCUGGCGGAGGCCGUACCUCCCCCACAAAAAAUCUGGCCAUGGCCGACGCGAAAAAGACACCCCAACGGCAAAACAUCGCGAACCUGCUGGACUUCGACAUCCCUCCAAUGCCUACCCCACGCAGCCUUCCGAGCAUCAGCGCCCGGGAGCUGGAGAGCCUCAAAUCCAACUUCAUGUCCGAGAUCAGCGGCCUGAGGGCAACCUUGAGCGGCAAAGAUGCCGAGGUCAUCUCGUUGAAGACAGCCGUGGCCGAAGCCGAGAAGCGGGCCGGCGAGACAAUGGAACAUCUUCGCGAGGAGCGCAGCAUGAGGGAGCAGUACUGCGAGGAAAGGGACAUGUGGGAGAAGCGCGGCCGCGAGAUGGAGACGGUGCUGCGCCAGGUCAAGGAGGAAAUCAUGACGACGAGCCGGGAACGCGAGGAGUUCGAGUCCAAGCUCGAGGAGUCCGAGGGCCGCCGCGAGGCCGCCGAGAUGAUGGCCCAGGAGGCAGAGGCUAGGAUGGCUUCCAUGCGCGCACGCGAGGCCAGCGCCGAGGCCGCGGCUUCCCCAGGUGGUGUAAAGAGCCCCGGCAGCCGAGCGUCCCAGCGCGAAAUAGAGAUCGCGGUGGAGAAGGUGGCUAGGGAACUCCACGCCGCGUACAAGAAGAAGCACGAGGACAAGGUUGCCGCGCUCAAGAAGACCUACGAGGGCCGCUGGGACAAGAAGAUUAGGGAGCUUGAGGGCCGCAUCGAGGACCUGACCAAGGAGAACGAGGAGCUCAAGCUCGGUCGCGACGCCACCAUGACCAAGGUCGAGUUCGAGAGGGCCGCCGUCGAGGAGGAGCGCAAGGCCCAGGCCAUCAGGGACUCGGCCCAGAUCAAGGAGCUGAAAGCCGAGGUGGAGAAGCUCGAGGCGGUGGUCCGCACCGUCCAGGACGACAAUGCCGACCUCAGGCAGCAGCUCGAGAGCGAGCGCGUCGAGAAGGGCGAGCUGGUUACCCUGGCCGAGGAGCUGAUGCAGAUGCAGGCCCAGCAGCAGAGCGCUGCAGCUGCGCAGCAACAGCAACAAGAGCAGCAACAAAAACAACAGAAGCAGCAACAGGAGCCUGCCCAGCACCACGUCCCUUCCGUGACGCCCAAGCGCGUGCCGCAGCGGGCCUCGGCGCCCGUGCCGGCCAGGAGCAACACCACCGGCGGCGGCUUCUCGCGGCCCUCGACCAUGACGCCCAAGAAGGCCGGCGGCGCCAGCCCCAGUGGCAUCCCAGGCACCACCAAGUCGGGCUACCGCAACAGCAUGAUCGGUCGGCCAGGCGGUCCGCCUCCUCUAUCGGGGCUCAAGCCACCUGGGCAGACCAAGAUCGGCGGCGGCGGCGUCGUGGGCGUGGCCCCCGCGCACGGCCGGACGCAAAGCAACGUCAGCGGCAUCGCGAGGCCCGGCAGCGGGCUCGCCAGGCCGGGAGGGCUGAUGAGCUCCAUCCAGCAGAUGGGGAGCUACCGUGGGCGCGGGGAGUAG